UACUAGUCGCCGAUGUACUCAGCUGCAAAUUUCGUGAAGUCUUCUUCGGUGAAGGCUGUUGUCUGAUUCUCCUGAGGUUUCUCGACAGAUCCAAGAGAUUGUUUCACUGCUCGAUUAAAUAACUAGGGGUUUAAAAAAAGAUUGGCGGCUGAAAAUUUCGCCAUGACAAAUCAUUCGUCACAAGAGAAGGAAAACCGGUGAAGAGUAGUGUAACCUUUUUAUAAAAGGCAUCAUUAUAUAUUAUAUUUAUUAUUGAAAUUGCAAGCAACUAGAGCAAUACUUGAAAUUAUUGAGAUGUGGAGGGUUUUACGAAGAAAUGCGAAAUCUAUUGUGCGGAGAGAGAGGAGUGUCACCACCUGGUCCCCUUUGGCGAAGAUCUUCAAUGCAGGAGUCAGUGAAGAUGUUGGCAUCUCGGAGAAAAAUGUCGGUUUAUUCGGCAUGCAGGAGCUGGAGUGCGCCCAAGGUUUUCAUGACCUGAAAGUUCAGGCAGCCUCCGACUCAGCCCGCUUGAUAGACGAAGCCACGAGUCCCCAGAGAACCCGAAAGAUGGUUCAGAUUUUUGACGAUUUGUCUGACUCUCUAUGCCGGGUCGCAGACCUGGCGGAGUUCGUAAGAAUCGCUCAUCCUGAGCCUCAAUUUGCCGAGGCAGCCGAAGACGCCUGCUUCGAGGUUAGUGGAAUUGUCGAGAAACUGAACACUCACAGAGGACUGUACAACGCACUUUUGAGAGUUGUCGAAGACGGGGAUAUUCAAAGCACAACUGAAAUUGAUAGGCACGUCUCCAAACUGUUCCUAUUCGACUUCGAGCAAUGCGGUAUACAUCUCCCUGAGACACUCAGGCAAGAAGUCGUGGCUUUGAAUGCUCACAUCUUGCAGGUAGGCCAGAAGUUUAUGACGGGUGCUGUAAGCCCACGAGCUGUUCAAGGUAACGUUUUACCUGAGCAUAUCAGGCACUACUUUAUGAAGGACGACGGACAGAUUCUCGUUCACGGCCUCUACACAGACUCAGCGAAUUCCCUGGCUCGUGAGGCAGCGUACAAAAUUUUUUUAAACCCCAGUAAUGAGCAGGAGCAUCUUCUAAAGGAACUGUUGAAUGCCAGGCACCGAUUGGCGAGGGUCUGCGGGUUUCCCACAUAUGCCCACAGGGCGAUCAAGGGGAGCACAGUGGAAACGCCAGAGGUUGUGUGUGAUUUUUUGGGGAUCAUGAAUGAGGAGUUGAGGAGCCGGGCUCAAGAGGACUUCGAUAUAAUGAGGGAUAUGAAGAAGAAAGAGUCGCAGGGGCAGCCGAGUCAGGACCUCAUGCCUUGGGAUACGAGUUAUUUCAGCUCCAAGGCGAAGAAGGGCUGGUUCAAUAUCUGCAAUAGUGAGUUUAUGCCAUAUUUUUCACUGGGGGCCUGUAUGGACGGCCUCAAUAUUUUGACGCAAUCGCUGUACGGAAUCAGGCUCGAGUCCCGGCCGCUGGAGCACGGCGAGGCCUGGAGCCCGAACAUUCAUAAGCUAGCGGUGGUCUGCAAGAAUGAUGGAGUCCUCGGGUUUAUUUACUGCGAUUUCUACGAGAGGGAGGGAAAACCCAAUCAGGACUGCCAUUUUACUAUUCGUGGGGGAAGAAUACUGCCGGAUGGCUCUUAUCAGAAUCCUGUAGUGGUGCUCAUGCUGUCUCUACCAUCUCCACGGUGGUCAUCUCCCUGUCUUCUUACUCCGUCAUCAGUCGACAAUCUGUUCCACGAAAUGGGGCACGCAUUGCACUCGAUGCUGGGCAGAACUCAGUACCAGCACGUGACCGGAACUCGCUGUAGUGCAGACUUCGCAGAAGUCCCCAGUGUUCUCAUGGAGUACUUCGCCAGUGAUCCCAGAAUAGUCAGAAUGUUCGCCAAACACUAUCAGACCCAGGAAACGAUGCCUCAGGAGAUGUUGGAUAAACUUUGUGCCUCGAAAAACGUCUUCGCGGCGUCGGAUCUCCAGGUACAGGUGUUCUAUAGCAUGUUGGAUCAGGUUUAUCACUCAAAGCCCCUGGAAACGUCCAGCACGGACAUCUUGACUGGCAUUCAGAAAGAUUAUUAUGGACUUCCUUAUGUUGAUAAUACGGCCUGGCAGCUGCGAUUUUCCCACCUUGUCGGCUACGGGGCAAAGUACUACUCCUACCUCAUAUCCAGAGCAGUCGCUUCCUGGAUCUGGCAGACAUAUUUCCAAGCAGAUCCCCUGAGUCGUUCGGCUGGUGAAAAAUACAGGAGGGAGUGCCUAGGUCACGGUGGAGGUAAACCACCCUCAAAAGUGGUAUCUGAUUUUCUAAAUAAAGAAGCAAGUGCCGAAAACUUCGUCAAAUCCCUAAUCGCUGAAAUCGACGUCAAAAACAACCUCAUCAAAUCCAUCAAAAAAUAAUUAAUUACUAGUCAUUUGUAUAAAAUAGCCCACUGUACAGAAUUAAAUAUUAUCAUCGACAAUAACUUUGGUGUAGAAUUUUUUUUUCGUUGUUUUUUUUUAUUACAAGUACGGAUGCUUUUUUGAUUGACUUAUUCUAUUUACAUUUUUUUUUCUCUUGACAAAUUUCUACGAAAUAUUACACAAAAAUAAGUUCCUUGGUGCAGCUUACAAAAUUGAUUUCAAGUGCAACCGUAGUAAAAAAUACAACUCGACUGAAUUCUGGAUUGAAGUCGUGAUUGUCGAAUUAUUUCACAAAUCGGUAAUUAUGAACAAAAUUGUCAUAAAAUAUUUUUUACAAGUAAUUUAAUUAAGUGCAAAAAAAUAUAUGUCGUGUUCUAAUGAAUCAAAUUAAUUGGGAGAUAAAUAUCCUUUUAACUAUCGAAAUAUGCAUUUUCCCCCGCAGUUUAUGCGAGUGUGAACAAACAAAAUAGUUGUUUUAGCUUCAUCGAUUUGUAUUUGAUAUUACGAUAGGGAUUGUGAUUGUGAAAAUGGAAUUUUGCAGCAAAUUUAAGGAUUAUAAGAAAAAAGUAUCGACAUUUUCCUCAAAUCAUUCGUUUCUUACGAUUUUUAAGUUGUAAUUUACACUGAAUUUUUUUUUUUUCCCCCACGUUUCAAUCUUCCAAUUAGUAUUUCAAAAUUAAUGAAGGAAUCUAUAAUUUAUUCAAGACCAUAAAUUGGAGAAAUCCAAAGCCCGAAUAUUGAAGAAUCCUCAUCAUUUUUUUUUCACGUAAUCUCUCCGAUUUACUGCGCUCGUUGCUCGGGCAAACCUCACUCUCGACGUACGAUAUACUUCAGAAUAUAGUUGGCAGUAGAGUGGGGCGCACUCGCGAAAAG